UGCCAGAGAAGGGCGAGCGGCGCGGUGGAGCGCUGCGGAAGAGGUUUUGGUAUGAACAGGAUUCGGAUUCACGUCUUGCCAACCAAUCGGGGUAGGAUCACCCCAGUGCCCAGGUCUCAGGAGCUCCUGUCUUGUUCGUUUACUCAUCGCCCGUGCUCCCAACCUCGCCUGGAGGGCCAGGAGUUUUGCAUUAAGCAUAUCCUUGAAGACAAGAAUGCACCCUUCAAGCAGUGUAGUUAUAUAUCAACGAAGAAUGGAAAGAGAUGUCCCAGUGCUGCCCCAAAACCAGAGAAGAAAGACGGGGUGUCCUUCUGUGCUGAACAUGCCCGCAGGAAUGCCUUAGCACUUCAUGCUCAAAUGAAGAAGACCAACCCAGGGCCUAUGAGUGAAACACUCUUGUGCCAGCUGAGCGCAUAUGCUAAGACAGAACUGGGCUCUCAGACUCCAGAAAGUAGCCGCAGUGAAGCCAGCCGAAUACUGGAUGAAGACAGCUGGAGUGAUGGGGACCAGGAACCCAUUACUGUGGAUCAGACAUGGAGAGGUGACCCUGACAGUGAAGCUGAUAGCAUAGACAGUGAUCAAGAAGAUCCCCUAAAACAUGCUGGUGUCUACACGGCUGAAGAAGUGGCCCUGAUUAUGCGGGAGAAGCUGAUUCGUUUGCAGUCUUUGUACAUUGAUCAGUUUAAACGACUUCAGCAUUUGCUGAAGGAGAAGAAGCGUCGAUACUUACAUAAUCGCAAAGUGGAACAUGAAGCUUUAGGUAGUAGUCUCCUUACUGGCCCAGAGGGACUUUUGGCCAAAGAACGAGAGAACUUAAAGCGAUUAAAAUGUCUUCGACGGUAUCGCCAACGCUAUGGAGUAGAAGCCUUGCUACACAGGCAGCUAAAGGAACGCAGAAUGCUGGCCACAGAUGGUGCCGCCCAACAGGCCCAUACCACUCGUUCUAGUCAGAGGUGCUUGGCCUUUGUGGAUGAUGUUCGUUGUUCCAAUCAGUCUCUCCCAAUGACCAGACACUGCCUUACCCAUAUUUGUCAGGAUACGAAUCAGGUUCUCUUCAAAUGCUGCCAGGGAUCUGAAGAGGUACCUUGCAACAAACCAGUUCCUGUAAGCCUCUCUGAGGAUCCCUGCUGUCCACUGCACUUCCAGUUGCCUCCUCAGAUGUAUAAGCCCGAGCAGGACUUGGAUGUUGUUGGUGAUGGUAUGCAGUGCCCUCCUUCACCCUUGCUUUUUGAUCCUUCAUUAACCCUUGAAGAUCAUUCAAUCAAAGAAAUUGCUGAAGGCCCAGUGGAUAUCUUGGGCCAGAUGCAGAUGGUUGGAGAUGGUUACAGGUCCCAGGGAUCUCGAAAUUCUGAGAAAGCCUGUGCACCAUUGCUUCAAAGUGGAUUGGCUACUGCAAAUGGAAAACCAGAAUCCACUCCUAGCAGUUGAUAGUUUGUUCUGGGAACCAUAUGACUUCCGUGGAUUUCACUUUCCCAUUCUUCAAACAAGUAUCUCUGAUCAUCUCUCACUAAACAGGGGCAACCCAGUUGUUUUGUUCUGGGUUAUAGAAUGUCGUAGUUAAAUAAAACCAUACUUAGGGGGAUGGGCCAGUAGUGUUAAAGUUGUGUUUCUUUCUACCAUGGGCAAGGAAGAUAGGGAUUACCUAUCUCUGAAAUUCAGUAUUUGGGACUGUGCCAAAGGGGAAAGUGAUUCUUUGUAAUGGGAUUUCUUAAGUCACAGAUAGAAAUCCACAUAGAUGAUUAGGUGAGGGUUGUUUUUAUAAAUGGUGCCGUUGAGAUAUUGGUCGCCCCAGUGCCUGGUUAUCUUUACCUAAAGGCCUACAGUUUAGCUUUUCCUCAUCUUCACUUAAUUGAACAGUUUGCACCCUUUCUCCAGUGAACUCCCAUCCUUAUCCUGAGAUAGUUAAGGACUGGACCCACCUUAACUAUUCAUCUUGCUUGUAAUCUAUGUAAAUUUCUGCAGUGGCUAUCUUAUGUAAAAUAUAGUAAAAAAUUAUUGUAUAUAGUUUCUAUUAAAUGUUAAAAUGUUA